AUGGCGCCAAAAACCUUGAGCGACUUAAAGCGCAAAGACCUGUUUCAGACGAAAGGGUACAUCAAUGAGAGCUGGGUCGAUGCAGCCUCGGGCAAAACAUUUGACGUUUAUGACCCUGCUACACUGGACAAAAUCGCAACUCUCCCCGAAAUGGGUGCCGAGGACACCAAUAAAGCCAUUGAAGCUGCACACGAGGCCUUCCAGACUUUUAAAAAGACAAGCGCACGCCAGCGCGCAAGGUGGUUGCGGAAAUGGAGCGACCUCUGCCUAGAGAACAUCGACGAUCUUGCAUUGAUUCUGACUCUCGAAAAUGGAAAAACCCUUGUCGAAGCCAAGGGCGAAGUCACUUAUGCGGCUUCAUUCCUCGAAUGGUUUGCUGGCGAAGCCGAGAGGGUCCAUGGCGAGGUUGUCCCCACGGCCAACUUAAAUCAACGCAUCUUGACGUUCAAGCAACCUAUUGGGGUCGCUGCUUGCCUAGCUCCUUGGAACUUCCCAAUUGCCAUGAUCACGAGAAAAGUCGGCGCAGCGCUAGCAGCAGGAUGCACCACGGUGUGGAAACCGGCCGGGGAGACACCGUUGAGUUCGCUUGCACAAGCCGUUCUCGCGCACGAAGCUGGGUUUCCCAAAGGCACCAUCAACGUCAUCACCACGCUCAAUCUUGUCAACGAAGUCGGCGAAGCGCUGUGCAAGAGCAGUUUAGUCCGAAAAUUGAGCUUCACGGGCAGUACUCGCGUCGGCAAACUCCUCGCAAGACAAUGCAGUGAUAGUCUUAAGAAACUGUCACUCGAACUGGGCGGGAACAGCCCAUUUAUCGUGUUCGACGACGCCAAACUCGAAACCGCGGUGGAAGCUUGCAUAUUGGCCAAGUUCCGAAACUCUGGCCAGACCUGCGUGACGGCCAACCGGAUUUUUGUACAAAAGGGCAUCUAUGCUCAAUUCGCCGAAGCUUUGGCGGUCAAAAUCAAAUCUCUGAAGGUCGGCCCGGGAACUGAGGACGGGGUCUUCAAACACGGCGGACAGGUCAUCCUCGGAGGAGAGCCGAUGAAAGACUUCAAGGGUUACUUUCUUCAGCCGACCAUCAUCAAAGGGAUGAAUCGAGAGAUGAUCACUACACGAGAAGAGAUCUUCGCUCCCGUUGUCGGCCUCUACGAAUUCGAGACCGAGGACGACGUCAUAAGGAUGGCCAAUGACUGUAAUGUCGGUCUAGGUUCCUUCAUCUGCACUGAAAACAUUCCGCGCGCAUUUCGGGUCACGGAGGCGUUGGAGGUCGGCAUGGUUGGAGUCAACCUUGGGCUGCUCAGCGCUUGCGAGAGUCCUUUUGGCGGCGUCAAGGAAAGUGGCUAUGGUCGGGAAGGUGGCCGUCAAGGCAUCGAGGAGUAUUUGAGCGUCAAGUCCAUGUUGAUCAACGUUGCAAACUGA